GUGCGUAUUUCAGUCAUGUUAGCGCCAAGUGAGAGGUCGGGCUCCGAGUUCGGGGCUAUCCCAUGUUCUUAGAACACACCAGCAAACGGGGUGUUUGGAUAGACCGACUUCGUGUAGUGUUUUUCCAUAAGUGUGUCGCAUCAUCGCCGGCCAAUUAUUCCCCUUUCCCUCUUUUAUACACGUUCAUAAAGAGAGAGAGAGUGAGAAGGGGGGCAAUGCUUACAUUAAAUGGUUACUUUAUCCGAAAAAAACAACACAGAAACUUAACGCAGUCUAUGUUUGCGCGUGUGUGUGUGUUUUUUUUUUUUCUUCUUUUAACCGCUUGAACCCGACGCAUGACGAUGUGCUGGGUCGCGAUUCGCCUUCAUUUGAGAAUUAACUCGGUGUUCAGUUGUUUGGUUCACUUGGCGAGGAGGGAACGAGGGUUGGCGGAGGUGUAAACAAACAAAAUCGCAUUGUUCCAUCAACAGUUGACCUGACAAGUGUGUACCUUUAGUGUCGUCGAGUGUGUACGUGCAUACAAAGCUGUUCAGAGACCCUUUGGAUACUGUUUUAAUGAGUGCACAUUAACCUAAGCUGUGUUCACAAUUGUUUACAACCAUUUCAGUAGAUUGGAGAAGUCCUCUUACUCUUUGAAGGAGGUAGCAUCUUAAAAGGGGAGACCAUUCAGUCUGAGUGGUCAAGAAUUUUGUGCUGGAUCUACACGACUCCCUCGCGAUACUGCACCCUGCCCAGCACCACCAGGACCAUUUCCUCUACCAGGAGCAGCCAGUUGCCCCAACGUCUGCGGACCUGCGGCAGAGUCGAGCUGGCACCUUCAACCGCUACGCCCCUUACCCCCGGCGACCACCCCCUGUUGUCCAGCAGUGCAGCCCCCCGGGCAGCAUGGGGGAUUUCCUGGCCCCCAAAAGGAAAGAUGUGGUUGAUAAGCUGCGUCGACGCCUAGAGCGUUACCGUGCUCACCACGGCAGCUCUGGAAACCGCUACUUAAAUUGCAGGCCUAGUAUCUUGGAGCAGCAGAAGCAGGAGACUUACCUACUUCAGCAGCGGUGGCUAGAAAACAAAGCCAAGAAAGCUGCAAAACAGUCAAAGUCCACUAGAGACAACAAUAGUAAUCAGAGUGACCACAGGAAUCUACUUGUCAACAAACUGAAGCAGAAAAUAGAGCCAAGUGUGACCACAGAGACGACUACAUCUACAGGAGGGACCCCCGUUGCAACUACUGCAUCCGAGACCAUCUUCAACUUUACAGAUAAGGAUCAGCACACCGGCAGUAAGAAUAGCAAGACUAACAACAACAGCGGGGGUGGAGCAGGUGCUGGUGGGGGUGGUGGCGGCGGUGGGAACGCCAAACACAACCCACUGCCCAGUUUAUCUGUUCAGAUCGUCCAGCAAAUCAGUGGCCACCCUCAGCAGGACACCUCCCAAACCAUCCACACCAAUGUGACGGUCAGCUCCCUCUACGGCAACUCCAACUCUCCGAAUCAAGGAGGCGCAAGCCAUAGCGUUUUGACAAGCGUUCAGUGUAAGCAGGAGCCAUCUGAUGACAGCAUUCGCACAUCAAGCUCCAACAACAUCAACACUCCCACCUCCUCUUCCUCCGUGCACAACAGCCAAUUAGACCAUUCCUCUGUUGGGGACCUAGGUAUACACAACUGUGACAUUGACGAGAUUCAGGAUAUACUGGAUAGUAUUGAGAAGGAAGAUAACAUAGAGCCUUCGCUUCUUAGAGACCUCAAUGAGUUCAAUGAAAUUUAUGUCAAAGUUCAGAGGGAUUCGGAAAGCAAUGAAUCAGCCAAUAUGUUUGGAUCAUUAGCGUGUGUUUCACCGGGACUCUCUUCUAAAACAGUUUAUUCGAAUCUGGGUCCUGGGGGGUCCUUGAGCAGCAUUUAUGACACCACUGAAAACAUGACCAAUCCCAUACCAGAGCCCACCGGACCAGCUGCUGAGACAUUAAAGCAGAUGGCGGCUCAACAUCAGCACCAGCACAGUCCGGGCUAUCCCAUGGAUCACUUUAGCAACGGGGGCUUUCCGCCCAACUAUUCGCAGUUAUAUUGCUCAGUACCUAAUACACCAUCGCCAUUCCCCUACAGCCAUCAAGCUUGUCACCACCUAGGUGAUGCUUCACAGAUGACACCAGACAUGGUGUACGGCUCUACCAAACCCCUGACUCACUACACCACUGAGCAGAGUCAGCACAACUCACCUUCCUCCUUACAGCAAUUACAGAACCAGGUGCAGAGCCACUUCAAGCCCUCUCCAGGGCAGGCCACCCCUCACCAGAUGCAGAUCAUCCAGUCUCAGCAGCUCCAAGUGACCCACGGGUCUCACAGCAUGCAGAUGUCCCAGUCACAGCAGGUUCAGAUGCAACCAUCCUCCCAGCCCAUCUCGCUUUCUCAACAGCAGACUUUUAAUAUGAAUCAGCAGCAGAUGGUCAAUGAACAGAUGAAAAUGCAGAUGAUGGAGAAAAUGAGAAUGGAGCAGCAACAACAGGGCAGAAUGCCUCCUCAAUACAUGAACAGACCACCCCCAGAAUAUAAAAUGCACAACAAUUCCAGAUCUCAAGGGAGCUUUCCUAGCUCAACCCCCACCGCUGGCAAUGCUAACCCCCUUCAGACCAUGCAGAACAUGGUAAACCAAACAACGGCUUAUGGGAAUGUGAAAAGUGAAGUUGCUGGGACUGCUCCGUCUUCACAGUCUGUGAAUGGGAUGAUGCAAUCCUCACAGAUGACAGCCAUGCAACAGCAGCAGUCAUUGUCAAGUCAACUUCCUUCCAAUAAUUCUCAUAUUGGGAACAUCUCCCAGGUCACACCAAAUGUUCCUCCGGGAUUUCAGCAACAGCAACAAAUGCAACAGCCGCCGGCUUACUCUGAAGUUGACUCAGCUUCCAGGAACUCGUCAUCUACCUACACCAGUGCAAUAAUGCGAAACCAAAGGCCGCCUAAUAUGAAUGUAGGACCUGAUGGACUUAACAUAGCUCAGCCAAGAACACACACAGAUUGGCCUCGAGCCCCAAUGAUAAAUAGUCAGCACUCUGGUAUUAGGCCAGUCAUGCCUGCUGCAACUCAUGGGAUGGCCCAAUCAUCAAUGUCCUCGCACAUGAUGCAGUACCAGCGCUCCCCUCACUAUGGUAAUGGGCCCACUUCUGUCUCCAUGGCUACAGCAACUGCCUCAAGCAUGGCCCAGAUGCAGCAGCAGCAGCAAGUCAGGGCUCCCAUGCCCGGCCAGAUGAACAGAGUGGGGCAUGGUAUGAUGCCCAGUGCUGGGCAGAUGGUGAUGCAGCAGCAUCAGAGCAUGCAGGUCACUCAGAUGAAUGUCCAUGGGGCAAGUCCCAGUUACAGUAUGGGUGGCCCAUCUCCGGGGGCCACAAACACUGGGUACAGCAGCAUGGGAGUCCCCUCCCCUGGGGCAACUAACACAGGGUAUAGUAUGGGUGGCCCAUCACCAGGAGCCACUAACACAGGAUACAGUAUGGGUGGCCCUUCUCCUGGAGCCACAACCAAUCCAGAUGAAUUUUUUCACUUCCUUGAAGAUAUUCUAAAUUAAAAAUGGCGGAAAACAGAUUGAGCCCUCAACAUUCUACUUUUGGGACCAAUUUUUCAACCAAUUUCAAAUUGGCUUUUAUGGACAUAUUAUAUAUCAUUUUUGAUGCACAAGAAUAGAGGAAUUCAAAAAAGAUAAAAUCAGAAGCAGCAGACAAUUAUUUCACAUGAAAAAAUUAGGUCAAACACACUUACCCCUAAUAUUGAAAAAUCGAUCACACACAGAAGAUAGAUAUCUAUAUAUUCUAUUAAUCCAUAAUUUCACAAAUCCACAGAAUUAUUAACAGAAAAAUGUGUCACUAAGAAAAAUAUAGUAUAGAAGAUUUAAAAAAACAACAACAGCUUAUUAUUAAUAUAUUCUAAGAAAUAAACCCGCCUACCGUUCCAGUUAAAAAGUAAUAUUUUUCUUUAUCAUCAUGUUAUUAUUUAUAUAAUAAGUUCAUUGUAGAUGACAGAUGUAAUUUAAAUUAGGAUAUUAUUUAUCAAAAUACUAAAUCAGUAUCAAGUAGUAGCUUUACAGGAAAAUGAAUGUUGAACUUCAAAAUUGCAUUUCUGGGUACAAAUCUGUUUUCCGCCUUAAUUUUUGGUUCAGUGUAACUUUCCUUGUUGAUCAAGUGUUUUGGGCUUGUCUGCAUUCCCACCAACAUGGCAUAAAGACCUAACAUCUUACUUGCUAGCAAACUGAACUGUUUUAUGCAAGUUCUGUAAAUGUCCAUAACCAGUUUAUUUUUAAAGCCUUUGACAAUUUCAUAACCUCAAGAACCUCAAAAUAUAAUUCAAUGUCUGACUAGGAAAUUUGAUGGCUUAUUUCUAAGCAGCAUGUUGGAAGCUAUGUCUAAACAGCAUGUUGGGAAGAAGCUUCAGGGGUCAUGUCAGCACUGCUUUUUUGGAACUCCAAUCUAAAUUGUUUACAAUGCUUCUCUCACCAAUGUAAAAAGUUCUCCAAAGGUUUUAUAUUGUUUUAAUUUUUGGAUCCACUCCAAGAUGACACAUGGAUUCUAUGCCAAGUGAAAUAUUGUAUGAUACUCUUUAACUCUUUCUCUCCUAAUUAACGAUACCAUCGUUUAUUUUACCCCAUUAAAUUUAAUAAAUUUCUGGUUUUAAAAAGUAUAACAAGAGCAUGCAUUCUCUUAUACUUCUAAACCAAAAGUAACGUUUUCUGAUUACAAACAAAAAUGCUGUUGAAGUUUAAUCAUAAUAGGGUAGAAUGUACAAAUGUGAAAAACGAACAAUGGUCAGAAAAAUAAUUACGGAGAUAAAGAGUUAAUUUUAGGGUAUAAUUAUAAUUUUGUUUUUAAUACUUUUUAUAUGUUUGGACCCUAUUUUUUUUUAUAAUUCUUUUUUAUGACCAUUUUUGUCACUCAAAAAAUGUCACUUGUGUUAACACUGGUGAAAAAAAGAUACGUUUUAAAUUUGGCAUGUAAGGAUACUAGGUCUUAACUUUUAGAAUGUAUUCUUUUAGAAGCAACUUGUAUUAUACUGGUUUUUUUGAUGAUGAGUUUUCUGGAAAGAAUCAAAUGUUGAACAUUAGUGUUGAUAUCUCAAUCAACUUUGUAUUUUUUGUACAGUAAAGGUGUACUGUGUUUCUAUGUGAUUAUAUGCAACCAUGUCAAAACUAAUUGACAGCAUUAAAUGUUUACCUCAUCUAGAGCUGAACCAUGCAACAUAUACACUGACCGCAUUCUUCCUUUUUUUUUUUAAUUAUUAUUAUAAUUUUUCUAGAUCAUGAUAACAUCCAUGGAGCAUGACAAGCUCCACAAUCAUUUUUUUUGUGUUCCAAACUUGUUCUGCCAUUUGCUGAAAUUACCAUUUCUUCCAUUCACAGCCAAAGAUGUUCCAUUACUGAACAUGGUCCUGAUCUAUCUAUAUGUAUCUAUUAUAACAAAGAAUGUCUGCUUAAAUCUCUGUUUGUCAAAUUAUCUGUUUAGUACAUGUAUAACUUAUGGUUUUCUAUAUAAGUUUGUUUGGAAUAAAUUAUCUAAUUUUAGAAUGUUAUUUUUUAUGAUAUAAUGUGAUGGUUUGGUUUGUUUGAAUUUUACAUUGUCUUGACUUUGAGAUUUAAAAUGACAGAAGCUUUGUCUGUCAUAGUUAGGCAUUAAAAAUAGUUAAUUUCUAACAGUAUAAUUUAUGAAGCAUUUGAUUAGUCUUAUUGAUUUAAGGGUCUUUAAAUAAGUGAUGGCCAGCCAAUGUGGACUUCUGGCCCUGAUAAAUUUCUGAAAGGUUUCAAGGCCACAGCAGAUAAAAAAAAAACCUCAGCAAUUUCUCUUGUGAGAAGCUCUAGGGUACUGGAAACCACUUUUUUGUGGGCUGAAUGGGCAUCACUGUAUACUUAUCAUGAAAACACUUUAUAUAAAUAGACAGUUAUGUAGAUUAGUAAUAAUUAAUUAUAAUCUCUGUCGUUAAGUAAGUAAAGUAUUAAAGAAACCCCAUCAGACCUUGUGAUUUAUGGGGCAGAUGAUUCAAAGGUUCUUUUUUUUUUCUGGCCAUCAAAAUGAGCAACCUCGUUUACUUUUUCCCAACAAAUGUCAACGAGUUGGGUGGACUCAUAGUCACCUUAAAAAUCUGGAAAUUUGAAACGCCCGACUUUAACAGGAUUCAAACCCAAGUCUCCUUGGUCUGGAAGCCAAGCCCUUUAUCACUCAGUGUAGGCCUUAAUAUUAUUUCACUCAAAACGUCCUAUACCCCUCUUUGCUCAGUUAGAUCUCUUUGCUGCUUCUUUCCUGCAGUCAGUGGUAUAAACUUAGUUCUAUUAGUAUAAACUUAGAAUGUUUUCUUCUAUUUUAUCUUAAGGAAACUAGUUGGGCCUACAUCACUGACAUGAUAGUAGACACUGUUGUUGGUUCAAAACUUUUACUUCUUGAGUAACUUGACUUUCUAAGUUGUUUUUCUGCAUUAAAUUAUAAUAUCAGUGCUCAACUUGAAAUAGGAUGGUUUUAACAUUUGUUGUUAUUAGAUCAACAACUUUGGAUUUAUUAUCAUUAGGUAAAAAUGUCCUUAAAAUCUGGUUAAGUAGAGUGGUUUUUUUUAUGGCUGAUCAACAGGUGCAAAGUUGUCUUUGACUGUAUUGUUUGCUUGAGUCUAACCCUUAUUUAUUCUGCUAAUUUAUUUUGUUCUGUUAAGAACAAGACAAGCAAGUAUUGAAAAAACACACUUUUAGACUAAAAUUGAAAAACAAUUUAUUAGUUGGCCUCAAAAUUCUUAGCAGCUGCCAUUUUAGGACCCCCCCCUCCCCCCCAAAUCAACGUUAGAUUACUCCAACACUACAAAACAUAGAGUUAAUAAUGUAACAUCAUUUUUUAUGAAACAAAAAAAUAAUGAUACCGUACAUUAAUAGUUUUAAUGCAUAAGUUAUCCUAUUUGCCAUACAGUAUCUUUCCUUCACCAUCUUGGUACCGGUCUCUUAGUGUAUGUAUCCAUUGUGGUUGGUUUAGUGUGAUUUGAUGGAGAGUUGUUUGGAUUGUAGCUUUCAUUUGUAGUUGGCUCAUGCUGGAAAUUCGAUGGGUGAUUUUCUUUUUUUUUAGUUAAUAGAAUAUUGGUUUCAGUGUUUAAGAUCUUUGUAUUUCCUGACCAAUUAUCUUUCAUGGCUGCCAACCUUUUCUUCCUGGUUUACUGUUAGUGUUGUUAAAUCUUGAGCACUUUUGUCAAAGCACCUUUUGACAUGUUUCUUUUUUUUUAAGUAUGCCCCGUGGGACAAGAUAUAUGUUCUUUGUUCUUGGUAUUAGAGUCUGCGGCAAUCAGUUUAGCAAUAGUUGGCUGGGUUUAUUUCCUAUUCCUGUUUUGGUGUGUUUCGCAGGCCUAGUUCAAACACAGCUUUAUAAUGAUCAUUGCGCUUUUUAGCACCAGGUGAAGAGGGCUGGUAACCUUUCCAUUCGAGCAGUACCACCUGUAUAAACAUCUUCUGGAAGGCCAUCAGAGCCAGGCGCUAUAUGCCUUUUAAGCUUCCCAAUAGCUGUUUCAAGCUCAACAACACUUGAAUAUUUGUCAAGUUUAAUUGUCACUGUUUCCUUUGGGGUUGCAGUGAGGGACUCUUCAGAGACAACGGUUUUGUUGCUAAAAAGCAAACUAUAGCACUCAGUCCACCCAUUAAGUAUGUCAGCCUUUUUGGUUAGCAGGAAGAUGGCAUCAUCUUAGAGGAUCCAUUGUCUGUGAACGGAGUGUUUCAAAGAGUGAGCAUGAGUCUCCAUCAUCCACACAUUUUUGUAUGUUUUUUUAAAUUUCCAGCUGCCGUUUGUUUUUUGUUUUUUUUUAAAUUCAUGAACUUUCACCUGAAGAGUAUUACACGAAGCUCUGUACAGAAAUUAUUUUUUUUUAGGACUUUAGGGUUUCUGAGCACAAGAACAGUAGUGAUUGGGAUUUUAAAUUAAUAAGUCUUGGAUUAUCAAGAGUCCGAAGAUUAGUGAGGAAUGCAGUAUUUUCCUGUGGCUGCGCAGCCCCAGCUGUGACCUACAUAUUUUGCCACACCCAGUUUCAGGACAUUUUUGUGUGUUGUGUUAAGAGAUGGCAGCAUCCAGUCAUGACCUAAUCUUAAAAAUUCAUUUUUUUUUUCAUAUUUUUAUUGUUUCAUAAUUCUUCUUCUUCUUUGUAGUUGUCCUAAGAAUUGAGUCUAAGACUCUUGGAACUUUAGAUCUAUGGGAGCUUGCCUCCAUUUGCCUGUCUGAACAAACUUCUGUGUGGGAGUGUAAUAACAAUGCUAUAUCCCAAGGUUUGGGUUUUAAUACCUCACUGUCACACUGCUGGUCUCUAAAUUCUUAACAGCUGCCAUUUUAGAAUGAAACUAAAACAAACAAAAAUUUCUGGAGAUUACUUUAACAAUACAAACAAAACAGAGUUACUAAUUAGAUAUAACAGCUUGUUCAUUUUUUUUUACUUUUUAAUAUUUUAUAAUUUUGUGAUUUAUGUUUAAUGUUAUUUAUUUUUUUUUGUAAAAGGGACCAAAUGUAAAUUUUUUUUUUUUGAUUUGUUAUUUUAAAACUAUCAAAAAGUGUUGUUUCAUAUUUUAAAAAAUUACAGUUAUAUCUUUCUUAAGUAAGCAAUACUGUUCAUGUCAUUCCCCAUCCCACCUUAUUCAGCACAUCAUCUAGUAGACUUUGCCUUACUUUUCAACAUGUAUGUAGUUUGAAACCACUGGAUAUAGGCUGAAAAAACUUCCUGUAGACUACAGCUGCUUUAUAAAGUUAAUUGAUGUUUUAAUAAAGAAAAAAGUUACUUUGAAAAUAUUUUUUAACUGACAGUAACUGCAGAUUAGGGCACCCCUUUGAAACCUUGCAACCUAUGGAACAAGAUGAUCAAAGGUUUAUCUGCCAACACUUUACAAGGGUGUCAUGUGGCCAGCACAAUGACCAACCGCAUUUACUUUCCCAAGUUGAGUGGACUAGAGUUUCCCCUAAAAUACAAAGCUCGAAAUCAGUCUUUACAAGGAUUCAAACUUGAGACCCCUCAUUAUGUACUUCAAGUGCUUUCCCACUCAGCCACCAUGCCCCCAUACAGCAAACCUGCAAGUGUUUUGGUUUUUGUCCAUAUUUAUCAUGAGCUUUUCUAAUUGCAGUAACAUGUGUCAGUAGCAGUUCUAAAGAAGCUUAGCUACAUUCUACUGCUGCUCAUUUUCUGCUUAUUUUUCUUUUGUUGAAAGGUCAAGGUUAACUUGUGUUUCAUCCUAGAUGUUUUAUAUUGGUUGAUCUUGGAGUUAUUAAUGGGGAGUGAAAGUCCAUCUGCUUUCAUAUGAAAAUGUCUUCACAAGUUGACUUUCUGCUGACUUCAAUAAAACUAUAUUUUCUGUUGUCAAUCAACCGCAUCGGUUGACAUAAUUACAGGUUUCCAGCUACUUGAUAAUCAUUUUUCAAUUGUUUUUAAGUUGACAACUUUUUUGUUUUAAGUUUUAAAUAUGGAUAUAAUAUGGCUAUUCAUAAGUGGCCAGGAAAACCAGUAAACUCAGUUUAAAUUUAAUUUUAAUCAAAUUUAAUUAUGAAUUUUUUAUAAGGUUUUUUAUACUUAAUCACUAUUUUUAAAUGGUAUGAUCUGUAAUUUUAUCAUCUAAGCAUUAGUGCUUUAUCUUAAGUAGAUCUACUACUAUGGAAAUAAUUUUUUUUUAAUAAAUUAUAUUACCACAUUGACAUUUAAACAGCUAAUGGGAAAUAAUAAUUAGUUCCUCCUUUGUGGUCCAAGACAAAACAGAAUCUCAUUUCUAAGGGCUCUAAAGAUGACUGUAGUGUUGGCUCUUCACUUUGAAAUGCCAGUUUCUUUCAGGGCCAUAGUAGGUUAGGCCGAUUGCAGUGUUGUCUGCAUCUUAAUUUUUAUUCUUUUUUUAUUUAUAGGCUGAAAAAGUAUCACUGAUGGCUUUAAGCCAAGAAGAGCAGUCCUGGUCUAGUCGUUCCCAUUCUUGGGUGUUGUGUGAAAAUCGCAUAGAUAUGAAAUUAUGAAUUUGUUUUUGUUCUCUUGGCUGUAUUAGGGACUCAAAAAUUUUAAAUAAUGAGCAUAAAUAGUUACCCUAAUGAAAUUAGUAAAAAUGAUGUUAUUAACUCAUUACUAAGACUUUUGCUUAUUGAAAUUUAUGCAGCUGAUUAUUUGUAUUAUUAUUGGGACUUUAACACUGAAAUCACUUAGUCACUACAAUCCCAUAGUGCAAGAGACUGAAUCCUUUCAAAAUGUAGUUUAUUUAUAGAUUAGUGCAUAUCUAUAGAUAAACUAGAUCGUCAGCAUUACAACAAAGCAAUAUACAACAGUUUAGUAAAUUCCUUACUUUUGGAUCAAAUUAACCUUAUUUGGUGUUAUAAAGGGGUAGGGGUGGGGUUAGAUACUUGGAUCGAAGUUCUUUUCAAGUUUUAGCAACUAGCAGCUUUUAUUGAAUAAAUGAACUUAUGUGUACCCAUCAUCCCACCAAAGAAGAUUGGGAUUCACUGCAGCAGUUAAAAGUCAUUCCUAUGUAUACACCUAGGUAUUAGUACUUCUAUGGUGAUGUUCAUUUACUUAGACAUAUGGUCUUUUUAAGUCAUGGAGACUCAAGUUGUCCUGUAUGAUAGAUUUUUGUUUUCCCUUUUUUUGUCUCUUUGUUAGAUUAUAUUUGACUGUGAUUAUCUUUUCAAACUUAUCUUACUUACCUUAAAAAUAAAAGAUGUUCCAUGAAGGGAUAAGGAAGUUGUUUAGCUAGAUCUGAGACCUUGCACUCUAUUGCUUUAGCAAGUAAGUUUUAGGCAUUUGUGGAAAAUGGCUUUAAGAUUUUGGCAGAUUAAAACAAGUAAAACCAAUGUACUUUAGAGAGGGGCAGUUUUAUGGGCAUAGAGAAUUAGCUUGAUGACUUUUAACAGUUCACUUCUUUAUGAUUAAACUUGUUAAUCAUUAUUGUUCAUCAGCAUUGAGCACCUUUGUAUUGUUGGCCUUUUGCCUGUGUUAUUUUGCUAUUUAAUUGUUACAUCCAUAUGGAGUUAUCCACAGAAGACACAGCACAGAUGCGCCUAACAACAAAGUUAAUCUGAAUUGCCUAAGCAGCAAGAAAAAAAAUAGAAUCCUAGUUUACCAACUUCCAUAUUUUCUUGUGGACCAUCGAUGGUCUAGAAAUGUCUUCAGAAGAAAAUGACUUAGUUUCUAAGAAAAAAUAUUUGAGAACUAGAGAUCCCAGUGACAUUAGAUUAUGAAUGGGACAAAUAAUUUUUCAAGGCUUAUCAAAAGUUUUGUUUGUUUCAAUUUAAAAAGUGUGAAAAAACUUGAUCAUAAUUUAUUAUAUUUUUUUGUGUGUGCAUGCUUAACUAUAUUUAAAUAUAUAUCUUGCCACCCAAAAUCUCAUUUCUUUAUGUACAUGUCAUUUUGUGACUGGACAAUGAUGCAGCAAUAAUAAUGCCAAUAGUUUCAUCUUAAUUACAUUGUCAUCCUAAUGUCAUAUUUCAUAUGUGCAAAUGUCAUGAAUGAUAUUGUUUACCAUGUAAAUGUCUUGUUUUUUUUUUUGGUCUUAUAAAAAAUAUAUAUAAUUUGUUUCAUUGUCAUUUGUUCCAUUUUCAUUGUAAUUUUUUGUUUUGUUUGUCCGUUCCCAUACUGCUUGAGUUUCUUCUCUCCACCAAUCAAAGGUUUCUGUUCUUUGGUUUACUAUGCAUGAUGGUCUAGACUGUCAAGGGAGAUUACUCUGAUUUCUUACUUUCUUUUCAGUCUUUCAAAUUUCUGUUGCAAUGUUUAGCAUUCAGACCCUUUUCCCACAAACCCUCUCUCCUUUUUCGAAAGGUCACAAAAUUUGUUAUUGUUAUUUUGUUCAUAAUCAUGGUGAUUUUUUGCGAGUCUUUAUUUGUUUAUUAAGCAGUCCAUUGCAAGCAAUUAACACAAAAUCUUAAGAAGUCAGCAAUAAAACCACCCUGGCAAGUUAAUUUUAAGCAUUACCCUUUAUUUGUGGUUCUCAUUAGCUAGUUAAAAGCAAUCUAAAAGAUAGUCCAUGGCUAUUCCCAUGGUAGACCUUUGAAGAUGGAAGUGUGUAAUACUUAAAUACAUAUUAAACUAAUGGUAGUUUUUUUUUUAUGGGUGUCAGUAUAAGUUUUUUUCUCAAGACUAAAUGGUGGAGAAUCAUGGGGGCUGCAGCAGAUGAAGUGGUUUCUUGCAAUGUUUUGUGGCCCAAAAAUCUAUAGGGAAGCCAGAGUGGCCAGUUAGAAUAUUUCUACUUUAACCUAUGUAAUGAAUUCCAGAUGAGGACUUCAACUAGGAUUCUUUUUUUUAUAUAUUUUAGUUAGCAAAGUCCUAGAAGUCUGGUUAAUAAGCAGGAUGGAUGACAUGUAAAAAAUAUGCAAACUUGUGUUAUAGUCCAUUUAUGGAAAGGCCUCAAGGUACUCAGUCUAGAUCGAUUGAUUUUUAAGCAAUUUAAAAUUGUUGAAUGGCUUAGAAAGGUACACAUGAUUGUUGACCCUAAAUUUGGUUCAUUAUUAAAUUAACUUGAUCUAAAAGCUAUUUUUUUAAAACCCCAAACUUUAUUCAUUAUUAUAUAAUGUUGUGGUAAAAAAGCUAAGUUUGUAUUUUUUUAACCAAAUCCCUAGAAAUUUGUAAACUUUUAAACCUUAUUUAAAAUGUUGUUCCUGGUGAUGUAUUUUUAAGUUCCAACAAUGUCUGUUCCAGUCUCAUGUUCCACUCAUCUCUGCUGUACUGUACAUACUGCAAGACAGAGACAACCAAGUAUUACGCAUACUUUGAAGUAUUAGACAUUUUUAGUGUAUACAUGUAUAUAUCUAUAUAUAUAUCUAUUCAAUGUGUCUGUUGGUGAUAGCUCAGGCUACUGGAUACUACUGGACAAAACCUUUUUAAAAAAAAAUUGGACUCAACUCAUGGGAGUUUUUUUUUUGUUUUGUUUCGUAUAUUUUUUUUUAUCAAUUCCUAUUUUUGUAUGCAACAAGGACAAAGAUUAAAACAAAAACAACAAACAUGCAAAUGUUUAAUGUCA